UGAUCAUAAUACGGUGGAAGUGGAGCUGUCAUCGGCUUUGCAGCUUGUAACGCAACUCCCAUCAUCGAUCAUUGAUUUAUUAAGAUCAGACCUAUAAAAGAAACCGUUCUUCCAGCCCGAAUCGAACACUCUCCGAAACCCUUGUUGGGUUCUAAGCCAAAUCUCUCAGCCUGCAGGCCCAAACCGUUCAAUAUCGAAGCUGAUGGAUGUUUAACGCAAAAAAACAUCACGGUACUAAAACCCUUAGGCUGGGGUAGUCGAAAUUUAAGCACUGCAACGAGAGCUGCGUGUCUUGCUUGGAUUCGAUGAUAAAAAUCAUGACCCGGGGACCUGGAGAUGAGCGCACUCUGUUUAAUGCCAGACUCCUUUCCACUGAUCAGAUUCAGAAGGUUCCACUUCAGCUCCCUGGAAAAUUUCAAUCGUCAACGUUAAAAGUCAGCGCACGCUCUACGUGUGACAUCCUUGAAUUUACUAGCAUGACAGAGGCGUCAGGCCAGGUUCCAUAUGUGUAUGUAAAAAGGUCUAGUGAUGUUUCACUCCUACUCUCAGUCUCUAGAGUACUCAUUCGAUUCCGAACUUACUGCUUCUUGUCUCCUCAAGUUGACAAGCAGAGGGCGCGGGAAUCUUGCUCUAACAUUCUCUCCAGCGGCCCAGGUCAGGCAAUCACUAUUGUAGUCGGAGGCGCUGCUGAGAGCUGGAGCGCAAGACCUGGUACGGCAUUACAUGGAGGUCGAAGCGACGCUCGGAACGGGUGUCUGGGGAUAAGACGAAUAAUUUGACGAUGCACGUCGUUUCGGAUCAAAGAACGAUGUUUGGCUGGUGCAAUUGUUACCAAGAAUUGCCAUAAAUAAUGUGUCAUCCGCACAUGACAUCAUAAGUUGCAACAUCGUCAUCGCUUGUGACCUACCUACUUAAGUCCUACCUACCGCAAUUUUAAUCCUCACUUAAUCCUUCAUCAUGCCCAGGACGGCUAC